AUGUACGAUAUAUCAAAUAUAUUCAAGAGAUGCAUAGAAGAGAAAAUCACGAUUCUCACAGGGAGAUCCAGUAGAGCAGACAGAUCCUAACUGAAUUCAAGCAUGAUGAUGUCUCGUGUGAAGACCAAGGACAAUCACUUCCAAUUCAAUGAGUCCAACUCACUCAACAAAUAUGAUGUGGAAUUGUCCUACCAAACAGAAUUGGAAUACAAUCCUAAAUUCCUAAUUAAAAAUAAAGAAAAAAAGGAAGUGAUGUCUGAUUGUUCCGAUUGUUAUGAACUGCCCAAGAUAUCCCUCUUGGAUCAACAGCCAAUUAAAAAAUAUUCGAUGUGCAAUAGUUAGCAUGAUUCGUCAGGAAUGACUACACGAAAAAACACUUAUAAUAAAUAUCGAUCCUUUUCGAAUCGGUUGAAAGCAAUGAAAGUUGGCUAUCUCUCCUUGGAUCCAGACAGUCCGUACACCCAAGAGAUAUUCAAACAGCUGUCCAAUUCCAGCAUCUACCAAGAAAUCACUAAACCAUAAUUAGUCAAAUACCUAACCAAAUCAUUAGGUUGUUAGGCCAGCAUUCAAAGAUUAAUCAACUUGAUGUAGUUGCCUUAUUCAAUUACUUAAGCAGUCUAUCGAUCUUUCUUGCUUUAGAUCAGAGAGAUGAAGAUAAUCUAACUAGUAUUUUGUUGUUAUGACUUGAUGUCUAAAACCUAUUUAAAUACGAGAGAUCUGUUUGAGCUAUUUAAAUCAGGAGGUGCAGCACAGAAAGAUGCUGACAUCAUCUUUAAAUAUUUACGAUUUCAGGCUAUCAGAAAUCCAUUUGAGCUCAGUCCCAAAAUUUCAACGAAAAAGAAGGGCAAACAGAAACCUCAAAAACAAGUUGUCAUUACCAUGAUGAAAGAAAAGGCGAGACGCUUGUCUGAAUUAUAUGCUCGAAAAUCUAAUUAGGAUAAGAAUGUUGUCACUGAAACGACCUUCUUAGAAAUAUAUUAAAACACUAUUCCUGAAUUCUUUAAAUGUCUUGUCUACGUAUUGGCCAAUUAUAAUUGUGAUUGA